GUUAAGAAGACACUUAAUAAGCCGAAACAGAAGUGUAUCGUUCCUAAUUAUUAAAUUUUGUACUAUAACCUUUAAUACCAGUACUGUUUAGUGUUCGACCAUGAAGGUCUCGUCAUUUUGUUGUUUCAUUGUCAUCGGGCUAGUGAUAGUUGGUACAAUUGAUGGAAAAGUGUAUACGAAAUGUGGCUUAACCCAGGAGCUGCUACGUAUUGGAUUUAGCCGAUCUUUGGUUGGAAACUGGGUUUGCAUGAUUGAAAGCGAAAGCGGCAAAGAUACCUCGAAACAAGUGAACAAAGCAAACGGAGGAAAAGCUUUAGGACUUUUUCAAAUAAAUAGCAAAGAUUGGUGCAAAUAUGGCUCACCCGGUGGAAAAUGUAAUAUGAAAUGUGAAGAUCUCAUAAAUGACGAUAUCACUGAUGAUGCACGUUGUGCAAAAAAGAUCGAAGCAGAAAGCGGUUUUAGAACAUGGAGUGGAUGGACCAGAAAUUGUUAUGGGAGGGUCGUAUCCAUCCCGAAUUGCUAGUAUCUGUUUACCAUCUAUACCUAUUAACUAAUGUAGUACUGUUUAAAUAUUUACAACCAUAAUAUGU